AUGGGAAAAUGUACUGCCGAAAUUAACAUUCUUGCCCAAGUCCCUAAAUCCGCUCUUUAUUCUUCCCCACCAUCACCUCCGCAUUCUUUAUCCGGCUACUUCUCCCGCUACAUUCCAUCCUUAAACGUAGCCCUACCGAUUCUCUCAUAUACAUCCCGCACUCUUUAUUAUAUAUUAUCAUUUCUUCAAGAAAAUGAGAUCUGCUGUGGUCGUUUUGCUUCAGUUGAUAAUGGCCUUGACGGCCCUAACUUUACUCCCGACUCAGCUGUUACUACUACCCCCGUCGUAACAACUCCCGUCCCAACACCUGUCCCAACACCUGCAGCAACAACCACUCCACCCGCUGUCCCUACUGACACCGCCUCGCAAUCAGCUCUACAGCCGUCUAGUACAAUAUCUACUUCACAGUCCUCUGCAAUACAGCCAUCUUCGUCUCCAACUUCAGUCCCUGUUCCUUGUAUUCCCGACGCAACGACUCCAGGUAAUCUGACAUGCACUGAUACAAACAGCUUUUGUAACACUACCAGUCAACUUUGUAAUGCAAAACUAGCGAACGAUUCACCGUGCAGUAGUGAUAUUGAAUGCUUGUCAGGUAGUUGCAAUAAUAACGUGUGUUCGGACGGACAAUCAGAUGCAGGAAGUACAGCAACCACGGAAAGUGGGUCAAAAAGCAACACAUUAAUUAAAGUUGCUAUUACCGGUGGUGUUGUUGGACUAGUAGCCGUGUUGGGCCUUGCAUUCUGGGCAAUCCGUUCUCGCAGAAAAAAGCAGUCAGGUGGAUAUAAAUCAGGCGGACCUGGCAUUGCCCCAAGUGUAUAUAAUGAUGCAACAUCCUUGAAUGUAGAGAAACGGACUAGUAAUGGUGGAUAUCCGUUCUCAGCUCCAUAUACUGGAUUUUCCAGCAACAACAUUCAGGAACCAGCGUCAGCUCGUUAUGUGAAUAGUGUACAAGCAUCAAAUAGGGUAAACGAUCAAGAAGGUUACGUUGACCAGAGAAUGAUGACCGACUAUAACACAGCGCAAAACACAGAUCAAAACGGAGGAUUUUCGAAUAAUGACGGAAAUUACUAUUCUGAUGAGUACAACAAUAGUUCGUUUGAUCAACGAUCUCCCCCCACUUUUCCGCCUUCAGCAGUGGUAGUUCCCAUACCGGAGCGUCAGUUACGUGAGGGAAAGAUGUCUGAUAAUGAUUCGGGUCAUAAUGCUAAAUUAGAUUUGGCUAUUGCGGCAAGAGAUCUUCUUAAACAAGGCACAGGUAAUCCCGAAGUCAUGCUAAAUGGCGAUGCUGUAUCCGCCAAAUCUCCACGGGAUUCUAAUGGAUCCUACAUAAGCAACCAGGAUGAUGACAAUUUCCUUACAACAGAACCGAUGUAUCUUGGCAUUGAUAAUUUUGCAGAAGAUGAUAUGCGAACUACGAAGAAUAAGACGGCUAAUGGGCGGUACAAGAUGCAAUCAAUGUAUUCUAGGGAUUCAACCUUUUUCGCUGGAGCACAAAAUGCUCCUCCGAAUCCACGUGCAGUCCAACGUAGAUCGUCUUCAAAAAGAACUCUUGAUGCAUUUGGUGCUGGUGAUGCAGGAUCUGAUUACAGUGAUGACGAGUCCAUCAUUUCCGUAUCACGGGUUCCACAGGCAUCGGUAUCUACUCAACAUGCGCCAAUAUUCAAAUCUUAUCAGGCAUCUGCUGAGGAUGGUUCAAAUAUGUCCGAGCGGUAUAGGCAUGGCAGGAAUUAG